AAUAAACAACUUUAUUUAUCAAAUACACAAUAAUUAAAUAAAAAAACAUCAAAGAAUAAUGGCGUUUAUACUCGAUAAUGGUGCUUACACAGCAAAAGCUGGAUUCUCCAAUGAUUCAGCAACAAUCAUACCAAACUGCAUAAUGAAAGCUAAAAGUGAACGUCGUCGACCUUUUGUUGGUAAUCAAAUUGAUGACUGUCGUGAUGCAUCAGGUUUAUUUUACAUGUUACCAUUUCAAAAAGGAUACAUUAUUAAUUGGGAUAUACAAAAAACCGUAUGGGAUUAUAUAUUAUCAAAAGAAUGUUGCUCAGCAAAUCUAUCACAAUGUCCAACAAUAAUAACAGAGCCAUUAUUUAAUUUUUCACCAAUUCAAGAAGCAAUUGGUGAAAUAUUCUUUGAAGAAUAUGAAGCUAAAAGUCUAUUACUUAUAAAUUCAACAAGUUUAUCAUAUUAUAAUUAUAAAACAUCACGUCCUGAUUGUAAAGCAUGUAUUGUUGUUGACAGUGGUUAUAGUUUUACACAUAUUGUUCCUUAUAUUAAUGGCGUUAAGUAUAAAGAAGGUAUCAAAAGAAUUGACGUUGGUGGUAAAUUAUUAACAAAUCAUUUAAAAGAAAUAAUAUCAUACAGACAGCUUCAUGUUAUGGAUGAAACAUAUGUUAUUAAUCAAGUUAAAGAAGACUCAUGUUUUGUAUCACAAGAUUUUUUUAAAGACAUGGAAAGAUCUAAAGAAAAAAUUGGUAUUAAUAAAAUUGCCAAAGAUUAUGUAUUACCUGAUUAUACAACUGUAAGAAGAGGUUAUUUAAAAGAUCCAGAUAAUCAAAGUGAACAACAAACAUUAAGAUUAAAUAAUGAAAGAUUUUCAAUACCAGAAAUAUUAUUUAAUCCAUCAGAUGUUGGUAUAAGACAAACUGGAAUUAGUGAAUGUAUUAUGGAUUCUGUUAAAGCAUGUGAUGAAGAAGUGUGGCCACAUUUAUUAUCAAAUAUUGUACUUACUGGUGGUAAUUCAAAAUUUCCUGGUUUUCAAGAAAGAGUAUUUAAAGAAUUGAGAUGUUUAGCACCUGAUGAAUUUCAAAUUAAUAUUAAUCUAGCUAACAACCCAGACACAUAUGCAUGGGAAGGUGGAAAAUUAUUAUCAAAUGAUCCAAUCCUAAACUCUUUACUCAUGACCAGAGAAGAAUACGAAGAACAUGGACCAGCAUUGUGUUCCGAAAAAUUUAACAAUUAUAUGUAA